AUGUCUGCGUACGUGUAGAUGCCUGGUCCCGACGGGCCCUGUGCCCCUUUCUGAGGUCGUUACCUCUCAGGCAUCGCGUCGCGUGCCUCCGUUCUCUGGUUCAGGGGUCGAAUCCCCCGCCGUUCGCGCCUCCUCACGUCCGCACCCGCUAACCGCUGCUCCGGCGGACUCCGAGCAUCACCGAACUGCCCAUCCACGGGGUGGGCAGGGCUCCACUCGAACCUGUCGUGGCCGGCAGCAAAGGAGUGUCUUUGAGUCCCUGACUCGCGAGUCAGUGACACGUCUUUCUCGACUCCGUCCCCGAUUCUCGCUCCCGGCUCGCCUCGAAUAUGGCCCUCACCGCACGGUACAUACUCGUUUCCCGUACGAUUCGAACCGCUUCUGCGGCCCUUUGUGAGGUUGUUACCUCUCAGGCAUCGCGUCGUGUGCCUCCGUUCUCUCGUUCAGGGGUCGAAUCCCCCGCCGUUUGCGCUUCCUCACGUCCGCACCCGCUAACUGCUGCUUCGGCGGACUCUGCGAGCAUCGCCGACCUGCCCAUCCACGGGGUGAGCAGGGCUCCACUCGAACCUGUCGCGGCCGACAGCAAAGGAGUGUGUUUUGAGUCCCUGACUCGCGAGUCAGUGACACGUCUUUCUCGACUCCGUCUCCGAUUCUCGCUCCCGCUCGCCUCGAGUUUCCCGAACGAUUCGAACCGCUUCUGCGGCCCUUUGUGAGGUCGUUACCUCUCAGGCAUCGCGUCGUGUGCCUCCGUUCUCUCGUUCAGAGGUCGAAUCCCCGCCGUUCGCGCUUCCUCACGUCCGCACCCGCUAACCGCUGCUCCGGCGGACUCUCCGAGCAUCACCGAACUGCCCAUCCACGGGGUGGGCAGGGCUCCACUCGAACCCGUCUUUCUCGACUCCGUCUCCGGUUCUCGCUCCCGGCUCGCCUCGAAUAUGGCCCUCACCGCACGGUAAAUACUCGUUUCCCGAACGAUUCGAACCGCUUCUGCGGCCCUUUGUGAGGUCGUUACCUCUCGGGCAUCGCGUCGCGUGCCUCCGUUCUCUCGUUCAGGGGUCGAAUCCCCCGCCGUUCGCGCUUCCUCACGUCCGCGUACGUGUAGAUGCCCGGUCCCGACGGACCUGCUGGGUGUUGCCCCUUCCUGCGCAGCCGAGGGCUGACGUGCUGGAUUUGUAUUUCCAGACCCGCUAA